UUUUUUGUUUGUUUAAUAGCAAAUUUCUUAUUUAUGCCUGCCUGCUGCUUUUCUCUGUGUUGCUCUCUCUCCGUCUGGAUGACAAAAUUCAAUGGAGUUACUGGGCUGUAUUUGCUCCAAUAUGGCUAUGGAAGUUAAUGGUGAUUGUUGGUGCCUCAGUGGGAACAGGAGUAUGGGCCCGAAACCCACAGUAUCGAGCAGAAGGAGAAACCUGUGUGGAGUUCAAAGCUAUGUUAAUCGCAGUGGGCAUCCACCUGCUACUGCUGAUGUUUGAAGUUCUCGUGUGUGACAGGAUCGAAAGAGGAACCCAUUUCUGGCUUCUGGUCUUCAUGCCAUUAUUCUUUGUAUCGCCAGUGUCAGUUGCAGCUUGUGUGUGGGGAUUCCGACAUGACAGGUCUCUGGAGCUGGAAAUCUUGUGUUCAGUCAAUAUUCUACAGUUCAUAUUUAUUGCACUCAGACUAGAUGAGAUCAUCAGAUGGCCAUGGCUUGUUGUUUGUGUUCCACUGUGGAUCUUGAUGUCCUUUCUGUGUCUAGUAGUGCUCUAUUACAUUGUAUGGUCUGUUCUAUUCUUGCGCUCUAUGGAUGUGAUUGCUGAGCAAAGGAGGACGCACAUAACAAUGGCUGUCAGCUGGAUGACCAUUGUAGUUCCACUGCUCACAUUUGAGAUCUUACUAGUGCACAGACUGGAUGGGCAUAAUUCUUUUUCUUUUAUACCCAUAUUUGUUCCUCUCUGGCUUUCACUGAUAACUUUAAUGGCCACAACAUUUGGACAAAAAGGAGGAAAUCACUGGUGGUUUGGAAUUCGCAAAGACUUUUGCCAGUUCCUGCUUGAAAUCUUCCCAUUCUUACGAGAAUAUGGAAAUAUUUCAUAUGAUCUUCAUCAUGAAGAUAAUGAGGAAACUGAAGAAACACCACUGCCUGAGCCACCAAAAAUUGCACCAAUGUUUCGAAAAAAGACUGGCGUGGUCAUUACACAGAGUCCUGGAAAAUAUGUGAUUCCACCUCCCAAAUUAAACAUUGAUAUGCCAGAUUAAGAUCACAGUAGCAUAUUAAGCCUGAACUGGGAAUCAGAAGAUAAAUGUAUUUCAUCUCAUGCCUUGUCCCAAUUACUUUAAAAUAGGUAUUGCUGAAUCAGUGGCUUGGAUUACACAAAUCAGAUCUUGAAGAUAAUCUGAGAGCUUUUCCAGAGAUACGUGGUGGUGUAACUUGUGAACCUUCCUAACGGGUUGGUUGCACGCUUGCCUGUAUAGUAUUUAUAUGAACGUUUUAGCAGUGUAAUAUAUUGUUUAAAAGUCUUGUCAUGUACAGUGUAAGUAUUAUCUAAAAGUAUUUUUUUAAAAACUCUGUAUGAAAUGCCUAUGCUAUUCCAGGUGUCUUUUAGGUCCUAAAUAUACACUUGAUUUCUAUGUCUGUUUUAAAUGCUUUGGGGAUGUCUUAGUAUAGUACCUCUUUACUUCUUUUUCUGUUCAGCCACAAUCAUUGUCUUAACUGCAGAGGCACAGGAGUGUUGCACUUAGGCAAGACUGGAAAGCUUUUUUUGGGGGAAGUAGAAUGUAUAGUAACUUACAUGAAGUUUUUGAGUUAGCUAUGUAAAUUUUCAUGUAAGUAUUUCAACUUUUGCACUAGCUUGGGAGUUAAGUGUUGCUUUUGUUGCUUUUCUAGUUUCAUGUGUUAAUAAUUCUUUGAGCAGCAUGUACACCAUUCUCUCAUUAGACCGGCUGUUUAAUAAGCUGUUCCCUCUUGUUGUGCAUGCAGUCUAUGCCAGAAACAUUAGUUGUAGGUUUUACAGCUGUCAGUUAGCUGGUAUAAAUAUCAUAGCUUGGUCUUCAUUACCAACUUUGUGUUGGUGUAAAUGAUUAAACUUUUCAAGAUAGGAA